CUCAUAUUCAUGCGUUUUAUAACCUUUCACAAAGUAAUUUUUAAUUUUCUCAAAAUAUGCCUCUUUGUGCUGUGCCAGGAUGUACUAACUCCGGUGUCCAUUUAUUUCCGAAGGAUCCAAAGUUAAAAAAACAGUGGGAGAAGGUUAUACGUCGCAAAAAUUUUGUGGCGACUUUGCAUAGCAGGUUGUGUCGGAAUCAUUUCCAAGAGUCUGAUUAUGUAGGAGAGUCAGCUUACACAGGAUAUCCUCAAAUAUGCAGGUAUUUAAAAAAGGGGACCAUACCAAGCAUAUUUCCUUGGUCCACCCAUGUAUCAGCAAUGCCUACAUCAAGAGCCCGUCGAUAUUUGGAAAGAAGCAGACGCCAAAUUGAUUUUAGUCAACCAACUGUGGAUGAAAGUAUUCCAGAACCCUCUACGAGUACUGAAAUAGAAAAACCUACAAUAAUAGAGUCCUCAACAGAAGACAUUACUCCAAAAGCAAUAUCUGUUAGCACUCAGUGUGGUAGUGCUUUGGGAAUAUUAGCACUAGAAGCUAUGAGAGGCAAUAAUAAAACUAUUCACGGUAAAAGGAUGUAGGCUUAAAAAGGCUAAAACCCAGAGCCGUUAAAGCUAGUUACAAAUUUUUAAAAAAUUAACAGGAGUGGCGGUAAAUCUAAAACUUUUCUACUCAAGUGGAAAGCAAAGAAUUUUGUAUUUUAUUAUUUUUGAGAACAAAAUUUUUGAAUUUCAAUAUAAAAUUGCUAUUGGUAUUCAUAAUCAUAAUUCAAGUCAAAGAUAUUAUGGUAAGUAUAAGUGAAAUAAAAUGAAGUAUUAAGAAAAAAUUGGAAUCGACCCAUAGCUAGAACAAAAUUUUUUUGAUCACAAACAUAUUUCGGAGAGAAAAUAAUUUUUUCUCAACUCAUUAUUCCUCUUUGAUAACAUUUGAUAUCACAUUUUGAACAGCGAAAUUGUUAAAACAUGGCAGACGAAAAGUUACCAGAGAAAAAUGAAUGCGUUCCGAAUAUUUUCGAGGCCAGCCCUGAAAAGCGAAAAAGAAAGAAAAAAGUGAUCCUAUAUGGGUUCCGUACACAAACAGACAAACAGACAAAAAAAAUUAAUUACAAUUUCGGGUUCGGCAUCGAUAUAAUAACAACCCCUGCUACUUUUUUUUUAUAUAUUUCCAUUGUACAGACACCACUUUUCUACAAUUUUAUUAUAUGUAUAGAUUAGUGUGAUAUAUACAAUUCAAUUUGUCCAUGUUCAUAAGAUUCAAUAAUCUUGUCAAGUAUUUUUGUUUUUCUUGUAUAGUUUGUGAUAAACAAGCUCUUUUGGACUUCCACAAAUCGCAUUUCUUUUGCUCUUUCUAGAAGUUUAUCCUGUUUAGGUAAAAUGUGCACCCAUGCUUUAGAACCAAAGACUCUUAAUCUCGAUAGAUUUUUUAACCAACUUCCAAAAAAGGAAGAGGUUCUCAAUUCGUUGGGAUCUUUUUUUAUUUUUUAUUUUUAUUUUUUAUGUAUGUUCCCCAAU